CACACAUGCACACACACACACACACACACAUCCCCCUUGAGCGUGCAUUUAGCGCUCCAUGACGUAUGCGCUCUGCCCGCUGCAGUGUGUUUGGCAGGAGGUCCGGCGCUCCCUGGCUGGGAAUCUGAGUGAGAUCUCCGUUCGGCAGAGACGCACUCAAGGAAGUGACACUUCUCUCCUCUCCUCUCCUCGCGCCACAUGUGUUUGCGCUGGGUUCCACUCUGGAGAGGUGGUGAAGUUUUACAAGAAGUUUUGACGUUGUGUGAAGUCGCGUCGAAAGCGCACGACAGCGGUGUGUGUGUGUGUGUGUGUGUGUGUGUGUGUGUGUGUGUGUGUGUUCAGUAUUAGUGCUAACAUGAGUGAGCCGGUACCGAUGCCCCAGUUGUCUCAGUUGUCGAGCCAGCUGAUGACGGACAGCUCCCAGCAGCCCCUCACCACCAAUCAAACAGCUGCAGAUGUCUCUGAGGCCCGCCCCCAACCGGCCCAGCGGCUCUGUGGUUGGCUGGAGAAGAGAGGCGGGCCUCUGAAGCUCUGGAAGACUCGUUGGUUCUCACAUGACGCUGGGCGCAGUCUGCUAAUGUACUGGCGCACACGGCAGGACGCCAUGCCGCUGGGGCAGAUAGAGCUCACCAGUGCCACCUUCAGUUACCCACUGGAAGCGCAGGAUGAGCCAGGGACCUUCUACAUAAACACACCGCAACGCAUCGUCAUUCUUAAGGCAGCUAGUCAUGAGUUGAUGAUGUACUGGUUGCAGCAGCUACAACUCAUACGAUUGCAACACAGGAUGCAGACAGGAGAUGCAAACUCCAACCUUGACACACACACUUCAGUGGAAUUUAUUCCUCAGGUUAAAAUGCCAUCGGAGUUUGUAGGCAAAGACGCACCCAACCGGCCUUCUCCUGGACUAAGGAGCCCACUAAACCUUUCACUGAAACACCCCAUUAUAGAGUUCCAGAAUCUGUGUUUUAAGAAGACUGUGCCUAACCUGGAUCAGGCCCCUGUUUCACUUAUACCUAACCUGGACACAACCACUCAAGGCACAACCAAUCAGGAAACAGCCGCUCGGGACACACCCACUCAAGGCAUAACCAAUCAGGAAUCAGCCUCUCAAGACACACCCAGUCCCGACACAACCAAUCAGGAAACAACAUCUCAGGACACAUCCAGUCACGACACAACCAAUCAGGAAACAACCUCCGAGGACACAUCCAGCCAUGACAUAACCAAUCAGAAAUCAGCCUCUAGGGAAACACCCAUUCAAGGCAUAGUUAGUCAGGAAACAGCCACUCCGGACACAUCCAGUCUUGACACAACCAAUCAGGAAACAACUUCCUUGGACACAUCAACUCACAACACAGCCAAUCAGGAAACAGCCUCUCUAGACACAUCCAGUCAUGAUACAGCCAAUCAGGAAACAUCUUCCUUGGACGCAUCAACUCACAACACAGCCAGUCAGGAAGCAGCCUCCCUUGAAACACUCUCAGAGGACACAGCCAAUCAGGAAACAGCCUCUCCGUUCACACCCACUACGGUUACAGCCAAUCAGAGAUCAACUUCCUUGACCAUACCUGCUCAGAUAAGGAGGCGCCCCCUCUCCUCACCAAAGCAUCUCUCUGCCACCUUACCAACAGGGCGCAACAGGAAAAACCAAAGCCUCUGCUUAGAGCUCGAAGUGCUCACACAGGAAAAAGAGGCCAAGGAACAGAAGGAGCUGGUGGUGUCUCUCUAUAAGGCGUUGGAGGCAUCUCAGAGAGAGAAGCGGGCGUGUGCAGACUUCCUGUCUGUCUCUGGCGAGGACCAGCGUCUAGAGAUGCUCCGUCACCGCGAGCGACAGGUUGUUCAGCUAAAGGCCCAGGUGGAGGAUCUGCAGCAGCAACUACAUGAGCGAGACACACAGGUGUGUGAACUUGAGGAAGCCCUUCAGCUGAUGCUACAGAAGAACCAAGCCAAGCAGGAGGUGGUACUGAAGCUCUCCCAACAACUGGCUGACUACACAAGCGACACAGACACAGACACACACACAGGCGACACACACACACACACAGGCAACAUACACAAUGCAUCCAGACCUGAGGAGAACCUGAAGCAGGAGAACCGACACCUGAUGGAUGACCUAGAGGCGUAUCGUACCCAGAAUAAGUUCCUGAACUCUGAGAUCCAUUAUCUGACGCAGCUUUGGAGGCAGAGUUCCCAACAGGAGAAGAGCCUCAUGGUCAAGUGUGCAUUAUUAGAGGCCCACAGCUGUGAGAAAGAGAAACGCUACCUGAGUGUGUUACACCAGCUGAGAGAAAGCAGUGUGUGUAGUGAAACUCACAGACAGGUGCACACACACCAACUCCGCGCACUGAUAGAUGACGCACUGCUGGGAGCACUGAGUGUAAGCCCUACCAGCGAGUUUGAUGCGUAUGGCUUUAAGCUGGUGCCGGACUACGCGCCUGCAGACGUGCAGCUGAUGAUGAGGUUGAACGCGCUGGAGCUGCGCACCCGGCGCCUGCAGCCGGAGGAUGAGCGCCCCCUAGUGGCUCGCUGGGAGCAGCUCCUGUCCGGCUCCAGUGCCUCCCACUGCCCAUCCAACCCAGCCCACCUGCUCUGCCCUUCGCUGGAGAUCAAGAGCCUGCUCAGGGCCGGCGUGCCGCAGAAGUACCGCAGACGAGUGUGGCGCUGGCUGGUGUGGGUUCGCACGCGGGCCGUGAGAGAGAGCAGCCCUGACCGGUACCACAUCCUGACCCAGAACUGCCACCUGGCGCCCAGGACCGCCGCCCACCAGAUCCAACUGGACCUGCACCGCACCCUCACAACCAAUCAGAGGUUUAGCUCCCCCUCAAGUCCCAUCCACGAACAGCUGCGCAGAGUCCUACUGGCCUUCGCCUGCCACAACCCCACUGUGGGCUAUUGCCAAGGCUUCAACAGGUUAGCGGCACUGGCGUUGCUUGUUUUAGAGGAUGAAGAGGAGGCGUUUUGGUGUCUUGUGGCCAUUAUAGAGGCGAUCAUGCCUCCAGACUACUUCAGCAAGUCCCUCCUGGGCUGCCAGGUGGACCAGUGUGUGUUCAAGGAGCUGCUGGCUGACAAGGUUCCCCGCGUGAACGUUCACCUAGAGGCCCACUCAGUGGACGUGGUCAACGUCAGCCUCAAAUGGUUCCCUGUCAUCUUCCUGGAGGAGCUGCCCAGCGACAUUUUGUUCCCUCUCUGGGACGCCUUCCUCUACGAGGGCAGCAAGGUCAUAUUACGCUACGCUCUGGCCUUGCUGAAGUAUAAGGAGGACGAGAUUCUGAAGAUGCAAAACAACACUGAUAUCCUUCAGUACCUCUUCUUCUUCCCCAACACCAUCACUGAUGUCAGGAAGUUGCGUAACAUAGCAUUUGGUGAGAUCAACCCAUUAACCAAGAAGUACCUGCGCAGCAAGAGGGCGUGGCAUCGCCAGCAUCUAGAGGCGGAGCUUCAAGAGCGGGAGGCGGAGCUGAGGGAGCAAAGCUCCCAGCAUGCCGAGCGGCACGACAAAGCACUGGACGACAUCGCCAGUGACGACGAUGAACUCAACUGACCUUGCACAGCUUCAUCUGAAAGACACACACACACACUUAUACACACAUUUGCCCAGUCAUACACACACACCUGCCUGAGCCGCACUCAGCUCAAACUCUCCGUCUUCACACUCCUCAAAGUCUCGCUCUGUCAGGGCCACAGUAGGUCAGUCUCUUCCUUGAAAUGCAAGAUUUUAUUAGGCUGGACCUCUCUGUCUUGGGCUUAAGUUGUAAGAUUUAAUUUUAGCUCACAAGUUUUUGUUGUCAUCGUUCAACAUAAUCAAUGAUAAGCAUGCAUCAAGGUAAGUAAUUGCAUAGAAGGGGGGAGCUGUGGCGCAACUGACAACUGGGGUGACAGCACCCAUACCACAGUCGGGUCCAUGUGCCCACAGAGUUGGGUUCGAGUCCAACCCAUGUCCUUUCCCAAUCCCACCCCAUCUCUCUCUCUCCUCUACUCGCUUCCUUUCACUCUCUUUUUUAUUUAUUUAUUUGUCCUUUAUUUAACCAGGGAAAAGAACACAUUGAGAUUGGGAUCUCUUUUUCAAAUGGGCCCUGGCCAAGAAGGCCUCUUCACGGUCCUAUUGGACUAAAGAUAUAGAAAGCCCCCAAAAAUAUUAAGCAAAAUCUACUCUUUCAAUCUUAUCUAAUAUCUGAUCAGUUAUAAAUCACUCUAGUACACUAUAAUCUAUGUACAGGGUUGUACUAUUCAUAAUCAACCUGACAUGCUAGGUCAUCAUUACUCUGACCCAUACAUGCAGCUUCAAAUGUGGACACUAGGUGGAGACUGACUCUGGACCAUCAACCUAUAUAGCAAGUCACUGCAUGCUAAUACAGUACAUCCGCACACUUUAACACAACAUAACUGUCAACACACGUGGGUGUGAAGAGUUGUGGACACAGCCUAUAUGUGUGUGAGUGUGUAUGCAUUAGCAUGUGAAAGAUUGCAUGUGAAUCCCAUUUUCACAAUAAAGGGGCUAAGACUCUUAGCAUUCUAUGAGAUUUACAGAGAAACUA